AUGCUUCCCCGAUUGCAGCUUACCGCACGGUUUUUGAAACGGACACCCGGGCUGUGGGGACAAUCAGGUCGACUUGCCAUGACAGACAGCAGCAGCAACAGCAGCAUGUCCACCUUCACGCUCCCAAUGUCCGAGGUGCGCGUCAACAGCACGCCUGAUCUGGACCGGAAAGAUCUACUCUCGUUCCCAGCAUUCAAGAUUUGGAUCACAACGCUGCAGCAGUCCCUGAUGCGGCAGUCACGCCCAUCACAUGAGUUCCAUGGGGAUCCGUAUGUCUUGCGACAUAUUGACAUCCAGGCCGUGGACCGCUUUGGGGGUGGCCGAUUGGGCUUUGUCAAGUUGAAGGCAGAGGUGUCGAAUGGCGCGGGCGAGAGGUUACCGGGCAGUGUAUUCUUGCGUGGGGGAAGUGUCGGGAUACUGCUGAUCCUACAACCGGAUGAUGUUCCUACCUCCCAAGAAGAGGAGAAAAGAGCUAUUCUCACCGUUCAGCCUCGUAUUCCUGCUGGUGUUCUGGCGUUCUCCGAAAUCCCGGCCGGGAUGCUUGACGACGGAGGGACCUUUGCCGGUAGCGCCGCUAAAGAAAUCCAGGAAGAAACGGGGUUGCUGGUGGAGGAAAGUGAGUUGAUUGAUAUGACUUCAUUAGCAUUACAGUUUCCCCCGGAGUCUGCAGAUGACCCGGGAUUGCAAAAAGCCAUGUACCCUUCAGCGGGAGGGAGCGAUGAGUUCAUUCCGCUGUUUCUGUGCCAGAAACGUAUGCCGCGGAAAGAGAUCGAAUAUCUGCAGGGCAAGCUGACUGGAUUGCGAGACCACGGGGAGAAAAUUACGUUGAAGAUAGUUCCGCUAAAGGACCUCUGGAAAGAAGGCUUGCGAGAUGGGAAGACGCUGGCUGCAUGGGCUCUCUAUAAGGGCUUGAAGGAAGAAGGGAAAAUCUAG